CGCGCGCGCGUCGCAUGGCGGGAAUCUCCCAACGGAAAAGCGUCCGAGUGGAGGCGCCGCCGCUGUCGUUUCUUCGCCGCAACUGAAAAGCAAGCAAACAAGCAAGUCAGUCAGUCGGGCGCCUGAGAUCUGCAAGGAGGGAAUUUUUUUUUAAAAAAAACAAACUUUUAUUUGCGCCUCUCCCCGAAGCUAUGUUUUCUGAGCGGGCGGCCCAGAAAGAGCCAACUUUGUUAUCGGCCCCGCUGCCGGCACAGCUGGGCCCGACUUUCCAGCGGGUCUCCACCUCCUCCUACAGCAACCGCUCCGGCCUCUUCAGGCUGGGCGAGCGCAGCUUCCAGCGCCAGUACGCGCACAUCUACGCUGCCCGCCUCCUGCAGAUGCGACCGGUACUGGAGGAGAGAGCCAGAAAGAAGUGGGGAGCAGAUGUGGUACUGAGGAGGCUGUGUGAGCUGCAGUUAGGGGAGAAAUGUUGUGUGAUUGGGACCCUCUUCAAACACAUGGAAUUGAAACCGUCCAUCCUGAGGGAAAUCAGUGAGGAGCACAACCUGUUGCCUCAACCAGCACGUACGAAAUACACAGAUCAACUAGAUGAGCUUAUUCUGGAGGAUGAGUUACAACGAAUCAAAUUGGAGGGAGAGAUUAAUGUCCAGAAAUUUGUUACAGGAGCAAUUGUUGCAUUACUAGGUGCUGAGCAGGGUGAUGGAAAAUUCUUUGUAGAAGAGCUUUGUACUGCUGACCUUCCACCACAGCGGCAAAUGGCAGGACCUGAUACUGACAGGUAUGUUUUAUUAGCCUCUGGUCUUGGCCUGGGUGCAAAGAAUGCAGACAGUCUUCUUGGCAUGCAGCUUCUGGUUGAUAUGGUGACAGGUCAUUUGGGAGAUGAGGGCGAGCAGAGCAGUGCUGCUAAAAUCUCCCGUGUGAUUUUAGCGGGAAAUCUUCUCAGUCGGAAUACCCAGAACAAAGACUCGUUCAUCAAGGCCAAGUAUCUAACGAAGAAGACCCAGGCAGCUAGCGUGGAAGCCAUCAAAAUGUUAGACGAGAUCCUGGUGCAGCUGAGUGCUUCUGUUCCCGUAGAUUGCAUGCCUGGAGAAUUUGAUCCGACGAAUUACACCUUGCCACAGCAGCCACUCCACCACUGUAUGUUUCCACAGUCUAUUACCUACCCCACAAUGCAGCUUGUCACCAACCCUUAUCAGGCAGACAUUGAUGGAGUUAGGUUCCUGGGAACAGCUGGGCAGAAUGUGAAGGACAUUUUCUGUUAUAGCAGUAUGGAAGAUCACCUUGAGAUCUUAGAGUGGACUUUACAGAUAGGCCACAUGAGUCCUACUGCACCUGACACACUUGGAUGUUACCCAUUUUACAUGAAUGAUCCAUUCAUUUUUGAAGAGUGUCCGCAUGUUUACUUCUGUGGCAAUGCGCCAUCAUUCAAAUCAAAAAUUGUCAAAGGUGUAGAUGGACAACAGGUGCUGUUGGUUGCUGUCCCGGAAUUUUCUGCAACGCAGGUGGCUUGUCUGGUGAACCUGCGGACUCUUGAGUGUCAACCAAUCAGUUUCUCUGCUUUCUCUGCUGAGGAGGAUGAUGUUGAGAUGGAUAUCAGUCACUGAGCUCACAGACAUUUUUACUUUAAAUGGUUUCCUGUGACAUUUUUCCUGUUGCGCCUCUGUUGCAGCAAGCAAGAUGCAGGUGCCCCUGGUGCACUUCAGAGUGAGUAAACUAUGGAGUGCUGUGUGUCGUAUGCAACAAUGCUGAUGUUGGUGCUUAAGGCAGUGAUGUGGGAGAAACGUGCCAAAUGAUAAUUUUCAUUUGAGUUUUUUUUCCAUCUCCAGUGGCUAGACUGAAAUAAUGCAAGUGAUGCUAAUAUUUUCAGGUUUAACUCUGAAACUAUAAACCAAGCCCCUUAACCUUGUCUCAAUGGUCUGUUUUCCAAAAUACUAGAUGGUUUACGGCAUGUUUAGUUAACAAUGUGCUGAAAUUCUCAGACUUGAUCCCUGAGGGAUAUGAUGCAUGAACCAUUUUUAACUAGUUAGUGAAAGAAGAAUGUGAAAUCCUGUACUAGCAGCCAGCACUCUUUGGUGGUGUGUUUUUAUUUCGCAUGGGGGUUUUUGUGUCUCUUCAUGUUUCACUGCUUUGAUGACUUAGAAGCACAACCCUUUCCUUCACCAGCACCAUCUGAAGAGGAACACUGCUGGGAAAUUGCUGGAAAUGCUUAGAUUUCAGCACAGGAUGACCUAGAAUAAGAAGCAGUGUCUGUUUGGUGGGGGCUAUGUACCCCAUAUCUGGAUUUUUUUAUAACAACUUUUAUGACGUAAAACAUUUGACGGAAUUCUUUUUAAAUAUUGUAAACGUUGAUCCUUUUCUGUAUAACUGGAUGUACAAUUAAACAAAAUGCUCUUCCAUAGGACAGAACUUAUUCCUAAAGAAAUACAGUUUGCUAUUCUACCCUU